AUGGAAAACACAGGGAAUUUUACGCUUGUGGACAGACGUUCAAAUUUCCCGAAUGCAUCCUUCAUCAUCUCGUCUGAUGCAAUCCCUGAGAAGUCUGGAAGUCUUGCUGUUGUCGUCUGGUACAAGACAUUAAAUUCCUUUCUUGGAGAGAAAUUUCACACCAGCGAUGAUUAUGUGAAAGUAAACAAUAAGAUAAUUACUGCAAGUGUUCGACCUCAGUCAAAGAUACUGCAAUUUACACAGCCUGUGCAGAUCAUUUGGGACGGAAAUGGAAAGAAUAACGAUGAAAAAUGCGCAUACUGGAUACCAGAGUCGGGUGAAAAUAGGUGGAAGACAGAUGGUUGUAUCAAAGUCGAAGACCAGUCAGGCAGAAAUCGCUUGAUAUGUGAGUGCAACCACCUCACAGCAUUUGCUACAAUCGGCAUUUCAAGAAAUUUGCUAAGCAAAGCUGAGAGAAAGGCUUUGGAGGUAAUAUCUACCAUAGGCUGUUCAAUAUCGUUGGUUGGAGUGUUGCUAACCAUAGCAACAUACGCUUUACUCUGGAAGAGUCUGCAUAAGAAUGUCAACACAAAUAUUCCAUCCCAGGUCCUCUUAAACCUCUGCGUUGCGAUUGGAAUGACGGAUAUAUUUGCUAUCAUUGCUGGACCAGCGCAGAAAAAUGAGACAUUUUGCAUAGUUAUCUCCAUACUACUUUAUUUCUUCAUACUCACUAUUUUUGGCUGGAUGUUUUGCGAAGGAAUCGUCAUUUAUUUGCAACUCGUAAACGUGUAUUCAGGCUUGGCUUUGGGAGGUAAACACCUGAAAGCCUUCUACGUGAUUGGUUGGGGAGUUCCGGUUGUCCUUGUCCCUAUAUUAGUCGGUGCAAAUGAUCGAAAAGAUUUUAUAACCGAUCGUGCCUGCUGGUGCCGUGGUGAUGGUGCGUUGUUUUGGACAUUUGUCUGUACAAUAAUCCUGGUCUUACUGAUCAACUUUGUUAUUUUCAUUCUGGCGUUAAGAAGUGCUUUAUCCUCCAGCCAAAUAAGAACCGCUCAUUCAGAAGCUGACACAAAGCUGAGAAAAGCAAAAAUUGGCGUCAAAGGUUCAGCCAUCCUUCUUCCAAUACUUGGACUAACCUGGGUGUUUGCUUUGUUGGUGUUCAAUCGUGAUGCAAUUUUCUUUAAAUAUCUUUUCGCGAUAUUUAACUCUCUCCAAGGCCUAAUGAUAUUCGUUUUUCACGUGCUGAUAAAUAAAAAGGUUCAUGACGCAAUCAGCAGUGUAAAGAAAUCACGUGAUGCCAGAAAUGCCAAAGUCGCUUUAACUGUUGCAACAACUGUAACCAGCUCUACCAAAUCAAAAAUUCCAACAGUUUCUGUUUUCGUGGAACAGGACAACAAAUCACUGAAUGGCGAAAAGUUCAUUCUCACUCCUUUAAGAUCUUAG